AAGCUUCAAGUCUGGAGCUAUGCCCAAGAACUGAGAAUCUGUGCUGACCAAAAUCUAAAAAUCCGCAAGGAGAGAGCAAAGUUCCUAGAAAUAUCUUCCCCGCAACUCUACCGAACCCAAGUCGGUCUUAUUGGUCUCCUUUGUUUCUGUUCUUCGAUGUCUUAUCAGAUUCUUCGUCUUCAUGGCUUCUGUCUGUUAAAGAUUUGAGCUUGAUCGGCUUCCCUUGUCCGAAUCGUGUUUCGUGGAGAUGGGUCCUUCUUAUUUUCCCACCAGAUUCACCAGGUGUGCUUUUUCGUUGGCUUAGAUCUCUGUCUCGUUUCUGGGGCUUGCCCUUUGCAGGUUCAUAGAUCUCGAUUUCAUUCCUUCUGGUAUUGGAUUCGGUAAGAGACUCGGGAGAUUAGGGGUAUCUUGGUUAGGUAAAUGGAUUGAGCAAGUGAAAAGGUUAGGUAUAUGAAUAUGGUAAGAGCGUUGGCUCUUCUUGGAUUGCUAUCGUUUGCUCUAGUUGCUUUGGUGUCUGGCGAUAAUGAAUACGUGAGCUGUAACUGUGAUGACGAAGGGCUAUUGAGUGUUCAGACGAUUCUAGAAUGCCAAAGGGUGAGUGAUUUCCUCAUCGCCAUAGCCUAUUUCUCCAUACCCCUCGAGAUCCUCUACUUCAUCAGCUUCUCCAACGUUCCAUUCAAAUGGGUGCUUGUUCAGUUCAUAGCUUUCAUCGUGCUCUGUGGGCUAACUCAUUUACUAAACGCUUGGACGUAUUAUGGGCCACACUCGUUUCAGUUGAUGCUAUGGCUCACUAUCGCCAAGUUUCUCACCGCCCUCGUCUCGUGUGCCACUGCCAUCACGCUGUUGACUUUGAUCCCCCUCCUGUUGAAAUGGAAGGUUCGGGAGCUUUACCUGAAGCAGAAUGUAUUGGAACUGAACGAAGAGGUCGGUAUGAUGAAGAAGCAGAAGGAGAUGAGUAUGCAUGUUAGGAUGCUUACACGUGAAAUCAGGAAGUCUCUUGAGAAGCACACGAUAUUACGGACCACUCUGGUUGAGCUCUCCAAGAUUCUUGAUUUACAGAACUCUGCCGUGUGGAUGCCAAAUGAGAACAGAACCGAGAUGCAUCUGACUCAUGAGCUGAGAUCAAAUCCGUUGAGGAGUUUCAGGUCAAUCCCUAUCAAUGAUCCCGAUGUUCUUCAGGUACGAGAGACUAAAGUAGUGACAAUCCUGAGGAAAGAUUCUGCACUUGCAGUUGAGAGCUCUGGUGGUUCUGAAGAGUUUGGUCCAGUGGCUGCAAUUCGGAUGCCUAUGCUCCGUGGUUCGAAUUUCAAAGGAGGGACUCCCGAGUUGGUGGAUACAUCUUACGCUAUUAUGGUUUUGGUGCUUCCGAAUGUAAAUUCACGGGUUUGGAUCGAGAAAGAGUUGGAGAUAGUGGAGGUUGUUGCUGAUCAGGUGGCUGUUGCUCUCUCACAUGCCUCGGUUCUUGAAGAGUCUCAGUUAAUUAGGGAGAAACUCGGUAUUCAGAACCGAGCUUUGCUGAGAGCUAAGCAGAACGCAAUGAUGGCUAGCCAAGCAAGACACACUUGCCAGAAAGUGAUGAGUCAUGGAAUGAGGAGACCCAUGCACACUAUCUUGGGCCUGCUUUCAAUGUUUCAGUCGGAAAACAUGAAUCUUGAUCAGAGGAUCAUUGUCGAUGCAUUGAUGAAGACAAGCACGGUUCUCUCUACCCUAAUAAAUGACGUGAUUGACGUUUCUCCAAAAGAUAAUGACAAAUCUCCAUUGGAGAUAAAGCGGUUUCACCUGCACUCUCUGAUAAGAGAGGCUACUUGUGUGGCAAAGUGCUUGUCUGUCUACAAAGGAUAUGGCUUUGAGAUGGAUAUCCAAACCCGACUUCAGAAUUUAGUUAUAGGGGACGAGAAGAGGGCGUUCCAGCUGGUCUUGUACAUGCUUGGCUAUGUCUUGGAUAGGCAUGAUGGGGGCAAAACUGUAACAUUCCGGGUUAUCUCCGAGAGUAGCGGUAGUCAGGACAAGAACAGAAGAGAGACGGGAAUGUGGAAAUCCCACGUGACAGACGACUGCAUUGGCGUGAAGUUUCAAGUAGACAUCAACGAUAAGAACCCUCCUUCCGAUGGUUCGUAUAUCGGUAUGAUGCAUUUCCCCAGCAGGAGAUACAAUAGCAAUGGCAUCAAGGAGGGCUUGAGCUUAGGCAUGUGUAGAAAACUUGCCCAGAUGAUGCAAGGUAACAUAUGGAUAUCGCCAAAAUCGCACGGACAACAGCAGAGCAUGAAACUGGCUCUGAGGUUCCAAACCCGACCAUCCUUCAGAAGAGCCAUCUUAGGAGGACCCCAUGGAAACUCUCCAGAUCAAAACCCUAACUCCAACUCCCAUCUCCGUGGCCUUCGAAUCACGCUGGCGGAUGAUGACGACGUGAACAGAACUGUCACCAAACGGCUCCUGGAGAAACUCGGGUGUGAAGUGACUGCUGUCUCAUCAGGGUUCGAGUGCUUGAGCGCACUGACCAACGUAGAGAUGUCGUACAGAGUUGUCAUUUUGGAUCUCCAGAUGCCGGAGAUGGACGGGUUUGAGGUCGCGAUGAAGAUAAGGAAGUUCUGCGGGCAGAGGUGGCCGCUGAUCAUAGCCUUGACGGCCAGCACGGAGGAUCAUGUGAGGGAGAGAUGCUUGCAGAUGGGUAUGAACGGUUUGAUCCAGAAACCGGUGCUUUUGCACGUCAUGGCCUCAGAGCUCAGACGGCUUCUGCAGAAUGCUGGUGAGUGAGAGAGAGUGUGUGUGGGAUAGAGAGAGAGAGAGAGAGAGAGAGAGAGAGAGAGAGAGAGAGAGAGAGAGAGAGAGAGACCCUUCAUCUUCCCCUUGAUUGUUUCACCGAGCUUUUCCAAGAUUCAAGAAUGGAGAAUCAAGAAUCAAGAAUGGAGGUGAUCAAGAAACCAAAAGGAAGUCAUGAAAGAGAAGAACAGAGGCGGGGCAGAUUCAUGAGCGCGUGUCUUUUAAGCGUAGAGAUCUUGAAAUAUGAUCACGUUGGAAAUAAGUUAGGGUUGUAAGAUUUCAUACAUUAGAAACAGAUCAAAUUCAUAUGUUUCUCAUGAUGUAUGAUCAAAAGACAUUGGUUUUUGUCUGAAACUAAUUAGCAGUAUAACCUUCCUCCUUGCCGACAGGCAAAAAAUA